AUGGUAGACCGGGGUUCAAUUCCCCGUCUCGGAGCUCUUUCUGAGCGCAAAUGGUUUAGUGGUAAAAUCCAACGUUGCCAUCGUUGGGCCCCCGGUUCGAUUCCGGGUUUGCGCAAAACUUUUUUGUCAUUUCAUUUAGAAACCUUUUUUUUAUAA